AUGGGGUCAAAUUUUGACGUAGUCGCGACGAGAGAGUGGGGGAAGGGGUGCGAGUAUAGCUCCUGGAGUUCGUUGUGCAGAAAGACAGUCGAAGAAGGAGAUAGCAAUUUUGAGUGUCUUCGUUUUGCUGUAUCUAGAUCGCAUAAAGCCAUCUUUGAAGCAGUUCACAACCGUGUCCUCGUUCUCAAAGAGAUCUCUUUUGGAAGUCUGGCUCUUCAAGAAGCAAAGUUCGUCUCUGGGCAAUCGUCCAUCUUUAACUCUCUGGGAAAAAGGAGAAGGGAAGGACAUCCCAUUGAUGAGGAUUUGAAGGAAGUGAAAGAAACCCGACAAUGGUAUGGGUCGCAGCGAGCCGAUGAUGAUGUUACUGAAGGAUUUCAAAAUAAUGUUCACUAUCCAGGAAUUUCUAUGGAGAGUCUAAUGCGGAUGCAGCAGAUUCAGCAACACCAACAGCAGCAGCAGAACAGCGAAGCUGCUGUCAUGUCACCCGUAGUACCGCAUUUGAAUAUGCAACAAAGGGUUGAAGCCGCCGCAGCUCUUCAGGAUCUGCGAGGUAACGUCGCCUUCCAACAACCUCAGUUGCAACAGCACAUGAAGUACGGUAUCCAACAACAGCAACAGUCGAUUUCUCAAAUGCAGAAGCAGGGUACGAAGCCCGACGUUUGCUCUCUUGGAGAUUCUAAUUACCAACCUCAUUCACCACUAUCUCUUCCGCCACCACCGUACAUAAGAACUCCCCCGCUUCAUUCCGAAGCCGAUGUACACAAUGGCUCCCCCACUUCGUCUUCUUCUGGACCGUACCCCAACUUGCCGAACUUGACGGCCCCCCCUCGCUCCUCUCAGCAAUGCAGUGCACCCAUUCAGCUCCUAGAGCCUGAAAGUGACAGCUCCUACUCCAGCUUGAUGCAUAUAUCACAAAGUAAUCUUUUAGCCCAGUCUAAAGCUAAAAGUGUUCAAAAUGGACCGCUACAAACACAGCAGUCCUUGCAGUCGUCUCUGAGCGGAAUGUCCACUCAACAAUUGAGAGGCCACUCCCCACAGAGCGGCAUGGCACAACAAGUUGAUGGAGUUAGUGGUUUGCACUCGACAGGCCAUGACUUGGAGGUUGAAAUAUCGCGGCAGCAAGCUGGACAAGCGGUACCAAACUCAGGCCUUCAAGCGUCUGGAAGCCACGGCGUUUCUACUUGUACCCAAGGUAGUUUGCAAAAUGGAAAUGUUCAUCAUCAGAAUGGUCAUGGCUCCCCCGGACUUCGCCAGAGCGGAAUGCAGAAUGGGGUGGCUUUUCAGCACAAUGGCCACGCAUUAUCAGCAAAUGGACUCCAUAUUGGAGUUCAAAAUACUAGCAUCCAGCAGCCAGGCGGACAUCUGUUGCCCAAUCAGCUGCCACAAUUAGGGGGUGCUUCCUUGCCUCCACAGGGUAGACAUUCCAUGCCAAGCUCUCUGCAUCACCAACAAGGUGUGAACUCUGCACAAAACGGAAUGCCAAAUGGGAGUCACAAUGGGAUGGUCCAUCAGCAAGCUGUGCACUCUGCUCCUAAUGGGCUACCUAAUGCUAGUUACAGUGGUAUGAUGCAUCAACAAGGCGGUCACCGCAUACAGGAUGGUAUGCUUCAUUCAACUGGACAUAUCUCCAGCAUGGGACCUCAGAAUCCUGGUCAAAAUAGCGCUGUUAUUCAUCAAUCCGUACAAGGUUGUUCCAGCGGCAUGCAGCAACAGCAACAAAUGGUAUAUCCUUCUCUACACCGUGACAUUCAGCAAACUCCAAAUAAUUGGUACCCAUCCAUUCGAGACUCAACCACUAUGUCAGAGACCCAACCAAGUGUGAGCACAUCCCGGUUGCAAACAAAGGUAGAAGCAGUGGCGUACUCUAUGAAUAGUCCUAUACACUCCUUUGCUAACCAACUUGGAAGUCAAAGAGGGUUGCCUACAGCCUUACCCCAAGUAAAUCAAGUCCAAAAUGGCUACAGAGAUAUCAUGUUAGACCAAGAUCUGAAACAGGAAGUGUGUGGUUCGCCCUCAAACAUGGUGGGUAAGGUUCUUCCUGCGCACACUGACCUCCAGGGGCGGAGGUUUUUGCAAGGGAAUAACUUCUCUGCACCAUCGAGCUCAGGAGGAGAUAUUAAUUUAAGUUCUACAGUGAUGAAUGGAGCCUUUGAUGACCCUCGACUUCUGCAAAGAGCUUUUCUGUGUCCACAGCCUAAAAUUACUCGGAGUUACAUCAAGGUUUACAAGCUUGGCUCAAUAACAAGAGCAGUUGAUGUUAAUCGAUUUAAAGACUACACGGAGUUGAGGUGUGAGUUAGCUCGUAUGUUCAAUCUUGAUGGUCAAUUGGACCCCACGGUUGGUUGGCAAUUAGUUUUCACUGACAAUGAAGACGAUCUUCUUCUUGUUGGUGACGACCCUUGGGACGAGUUUGUCCGUAAUGUUAGAGGCAUUCGAAUAUUGACUCCUGCUGAAGUAUACUUCUAUACGAACGAGGAGAAGUGCACUGCUGCUGCAUACAAUUCCACUGGAGGCAGUGCUCCGAAACCAAUGUAGAUCCCUUAGGUAACUGUAGAUAGACUUUGUAUUUCUACUCCAACAUCCAUCACACGGGUUGCCCAUGUGAGUGCCAAUCAGAUAUAUAUGCUACAGAGCCCAUCUUCUAUUUGGAGUAAGGCGGUGGAUUGCCGAUUCAGCAACAUCGACUUUGCGUGGGAAAUUGAGCCUUCAAGUUUCAACUACUUCUGGUUAGUGUUGAAUGGCGUACCUGGGAUACUCUAGCUUGGUUGCGAGCAAUGAUAAUCUGUAGACUGGUGGAUUCGGAGCAUAAUUCGGGUUUCCUUAGCAGAGGGCAUCCAGGGGAGAUUUGUUGUGUCCAAUCGUGGAAUGGUAAUUUUGUGAUGUUGAGGGGAAUUAGAAUGUCCCUUAGGAAAAAUAGUCUUGUAGGAAUGACUUAGUUUGAAUUGAGUAGUGUGUAAACAUGAAAUUCUGUUUCAUAUAUUUCUUUCCACGGCCGGCAUUUUUUUCAUCAACGAGGUCACUCGGUUGAUGCAGAGUUGAUGUAGAGAGCGACUUUUCCUACGCGCCUUUAGCAAGGCUUGUAAUUCUGAACGUUUGAAAAUACGAAUGAAGAGAGAUUCUUUAAAUCAUUAUUUUAUUA